AUCUCUCCCCACCAACUCCUCCCCCGCCCUCCCGAGGCCCCGCAGCAGGAGGGGAAGAGCCCGACCCACCCUUCAUCCUCCAGCCCUCCUCCUCGCGUGGAUCGCACCUUCUAGAAUCUUAACUCAGUUCUGGAGGACCAGCAUUCCCUGGACCUGCCCUCCGGGCUGUGGCAGCCCCUGUUCCCGGGGAUGCGAGAGCCAGGGACCCGCCCGCCUUACACCCAGGGGUGCGCGGAGCUCCAGCCGCUGCUGCGCGCGCUGCUCUGAGCCUGAGGACGAGUGUGGAGGAAAGGAGCCACGGGUUCGGGCAGGUGCAUAGCCUGGCUAUGGUGACAGGAAGAUGUUGGCCAGGAAGAGCAUCAUCCCGGAGGAGUAUGUGCUGGCGCGCAUCGCCGCGGAGAACCUGCGCAAGCCGCGCAUCCGCGACCGCCUCCCCAAAGCCCGCUUCAUCGCCAAGAGCGGGGCCUGCAACCUGGCGCACAAGAACAUCCGCGAGCAGGGUCGCUUCCUGCAGGACAUCUUCACCACCUUGGUAGACCUGAAGUGGCGCCACACCCUGGUUAUCUUCACCAUGUCCUUCCUCUGCAGCUGGCUGCUCUUCGCGAUCAUGUGGUGGCUGGUGGCCUUCGCUCACGGGGACAUAUACGCCUACAUGGAGAGCAGCACCUUGGAGAGGAGCGGCUCGGAGUUUACCGUCUGUGUGACCAACGUCAGGUCAUUCACGUCAGCGUUCCUCUUCUCCAUCGAGGUUCAAGUGACCAUCGGCUUUGGAGGGAGAAUGGUGACCGAGGAGUGCCCUCUGGCCAUCACGGUUUUGAUUCUGCAGAAUAUCGUGGGUCUGAUCAUCAACGCGGUCAUGCUGGGCUGCAUCUUCAUGAAAACGGCGCAGGCGCACAGAAGGGCGGAGACCCUGAUUUUCAGCCGCCACGCUGUGAUCGCCGUCCGCAACGGCAAGCUGUGCUUCAUGUUCCGGGUGGGGGACCUGAGGAAGAGCAUGAUCAUUAGUGCCUCGGUGCGUAUCCAGGUGGUCAAGAAAACAACCACACCCGAGGGGGAGGUGGUGCCUAUUCAUCAGCUGGACAUUCCAGUGGAUAAUCCCAUUGAGAGCAAUAACAUCUUCCUAGUGGCCCCUUUGAUCAUCUGCCAUGUGAUCGAUAAGCGUAGCCCCCUGUACGAUAUCUCAGCCACUGACCUUGUCAAUCAAGACCUGGAGGUCAUAGUGAUUCUUGAGGGCGUGGUGGAAACCACGGGCAUCACCACUCAAGCACGGACCUCCUACAUUGCAGAGGAGAUCCAGUGGGGACACCGCUUCGUGUCCAUUGUGACUGAGGAGGAGGGAGUGUACUCUGUGGACUAUUCUAAAUUUGGCAAUACUGUGAAGGUGGCUGCCCCGAGAUGCAGUGCCCGGGAGCUGGAUGAGAAGCCUUCCAUCCUGAUUCAGACCCUCCAAAAGAGUGAACUGUCACACCAGAAUUCUCUGAGGAAGCGCAACUCCAUGAGAAGAAACAACUCCAUGAGGAGAAGCAACUCCAUCCGGAGGAAUAACUCUUCUCUCAUGGUGCCCAAGGUACAGUUCAUGACUCCAGAAGGAAACCAGUGCCCGUCAGAGUCAUGACUGCGGGACCACCCCAGGACAGUCAGCAUUGGGCUCUGAGGACUGACAGCUCUGAGACAGUCACUCAUUGAGUUUUGAUGAGUGACACACAAUCCUGAGACAAUUCAUUGAGUUCAGAUGACUGAAAUACUGGACUCAUCAGCAAGCCAGGACUGGAACACAGUAUUCAUAGUUUAAUGCACUGAAAACUAUUCAUAUUCAAAAAAUUAAAUUGCCUUUAUUAAUAAAUAGUAACACCCAAGGCAGAGGACUCAUGGUUCACACUUGUUUCACACACAAAAUGUCACUGUGACCUGGUAAAGUUAUUGCAUAGAAAAUGGAAGAUAUUCAUAUCUCCCGUUUUGAAACACAGUUUAGGAUUGGACCUGGAAUGCCAAACCUGGCCAAGGAAUGAGUCUAUCUGAAAUACCUACUUGUUGCGAUCACUGGCUAUUCUGUUUCUGUUGCUCACUCUAGAACUGCAGAUAGAAUUGGGGGCGGGGUAAAGUAUCCAAUCACAUUAAGUACCUUUUAUAUACCAACUUUAUUCCUUUUUAUGAUGCUGUAUUUGGUAGGAAGCCUAAAGCAAACCUCUUAGUUCUGGCUGUUUCAAAUCAGAUCAAUCGCCUAAUCUUUUCUAUUGACUUCUCUUGACAUUCUGUUGGAUAGAAAUGGGCAAGAGUCUGCAGAAAAGUAGGGAAAGCUAUAUUGAAUAUUUUAUUAAAAACAUUUCCU